AUGUCUUCAACAAAUUCAGAAAAAUUAGUAUUGUCGAAAGCUGAACUUCAAAGUUUAGUAACAUCAAAUGAUCCAGUAAUUUCAUUUAAAAAACCAACAAAAAAAAGAAGCGAAUGCUGGGCAAAUUACUCUCAGAUUUAUCAUGCAAAUAUUCCACAAGAUUAUAUUAUUUGUUUCCAAUGUAAAUCUGUAUUGAGAUGGGCAAAAGAUCAUGGAACCAGAGUGAUGACUCAUCAUAAUUGUUCGAAAAAUAAACCUGUGGCAACGACUCCAUCUCGACAAAGAACGAUAUCGUCUUAUUGUACACAAUCUUCAUCAUCAAAAGAAUGUCCAUUGAUUCAAAAACGUAUUACAGAAGCAUGUGUCGAAUAUUGUGCAGUUGAUGUACGCUCGUUCGAAAGUGUAGCUGGUACUGGAUUUCAAAAUUUAGCUAAACAAUUAAUAUAUGCUGGAGCAACUCUUGGUACAUCUAUAAAUGUUAGUGAAUUGUUACCUCAUCCAAGUACCAUCAGUCGUAAUGUUGAACAUGUUUAUUUAAAUUUGAAGAAACAACUUAUUUCUUUAUGUGUACCAUUAGAAUGUUUUUGCAUCACGUGUGAUUUUUGGACAGCAAAAAUAACUGGAAUUCAUUAUGGUGGUAUUAGUCUUCAUUAUAUUGACGAACAAUCUCAACUUCGUGUAUUUACAUUAUCGUGUCAAGCAUAUGAUUUUGAAACGCAACAUGCGAUUAAUUUACGUUCAUUUGUUAAUAAAGUUUUACAAUAA